AUGGAAGGCUCAGCAAAACUAAGAAAGCGUUUUGAAACUACUUAUAAAGACUUCGUACAAGACUCAAACAUGAAGAGUAUGAACGAAGUUAUAAACCCAGAUGAUGCAGUUGAAGCCGCUCGUCAGCAAUCCAUUACCAGAUCGACGGCUUGGAAAACAGCUGAAUCAGUAAUUUGGCUUUUAGCAGCACUUGGAAUCCUUCGGUACACUGAUUUCCUCUUAACUGUAUGUUAUGACCCGAGGAUUAACAGGUUAUGGCUGUAUGCAGGUGCUGGGUUUCUUGUAGUGUUCUCACUAAUCGGUUGCUGGCUAAUUAUAUGGUAUAAAAUUAUCUUAAAAAUUGACGAUUAUCAGAAGCGUGUGCCAGCAGCUAUACCGAUUGCAACAACGUCAUUUAUACUAUCCUUUGGUUGUUUUACUUAUGCUCUAUGGCCUGUUUGGGGAAUCUUAACACCGUUACUUUUAUUUACGCUGAUGAUGGGUGUGAUUGUUACGGUGUCGCUAUUUUAG